CUCAGCUGCUACCCAACAACUCAACUCUUGCCAGCUCGCCAGCACGAGGCUCUAGUGCCCUACAUUUUCAUUUCUCCCUGGCUUGCACAGGAACAUUGAUCUGUCCAAACUCUUGUGGUCAUCAUGGCAAUCAAUCUAGGGCCUCUGGGCCAACAAAGUCUGACCUCCACCGCGCUGAUAAGCAUUGGCGCCAUCACGAUUGCCUCGAUUGCCUUCACCACGCUGAGAGUGCUCUUGAGUACGUUUGUGCUGCCUGGUAAAUCCCUCUCUAGUUAUGGUCCCAAGGGCUCUUGGGCCGUGGUUACCGGUAGUUCUGAUGGCAUCGGUCGAGAAUAUGCUCUCCAGCUGGCAAAGAAGGGCUUCAACCUGAUCCUUGUGUCGCGGACCGCUUCCAAGCUCGAAUCCCUCGCCUCCGAAAUCAAAAAGGCGUCGCCCAAUACUGCGGUGGAAAUAUUAGCCAUGGAUUUUUCGCAGAAUCGAGAUUCAGACUACGCAUCCCUCGCUUCUCUGGUGCAAGGAAAACAAGUAUCAAUAUUAAUCAACAACGUUGGCCAGAGCCAUAGCAUCCCAGUAACCUUUGCCGAGACGUCGCUCUCUGAGAUGUCCAACAUCAUCAACAUCAAUUGCCUGGGGACACUGCGGGUCACACAGACUGUUCUACCAAGCAUGGUGCCGCACAAGAAGGGUCUAAUCAUGACAAUGGGCUCGUUCGGCGGAUUGACACCGACUCCGCUGUUGGCAACUUAUUCUGGCUCAAAGGCGUUCCUACAACAGUGGUCAACCGCUCUGGCCUCGGAGCUCUCCUCCAAAGGAAUUGAUGUCUUCUUUAUCCACUCUUAUCUCGUCACCUCGGCCAUGUCCAAGAUCCGGCGGGCCAAUUGGCAAGUUCCUACGGAGAAGGCGUUUGUGAAGUCCGUGCUUGCGAAGAUUGGACGAAGAGGUGGUAGCAUCGGAUAUGCAUACAGCGGCACUCCUUAUUGGAGCCACGCUCUUGUAGCGGCACUGAUCACUGGUGUGCUUGGGCCUAUGAAUAGUAUGCUACUGGAGUUCAAUCGGAGGAUGCAUGUGGAUAUUAGGACGCGAGCUCUGAGGAAGGCUGAACGAGAGGCACAGAAGGGGAAGAAGGAGACAUAAAUCUCGGACAGGUCGACUUUAUGAAGAGCUGUGCAUUGCGCCUUCAUGUAGUUGCCGAUAUGAGUUACUAAUAGUUCAGACUCAGGGCUAUGGCUGUUAACAUUUGAUACUGG